AAAAAAUCACUCUUGAGACUGGUUCAUGACUCAUGAAGAGGUUUGUGAAACUCCACAACAACAUGGUCUCGAAUUGUAGCAAGUUAAGAUGAGGGAGAGUAAAUGAAGAAAGAAUUUUCCUUUUUGGUGGAUGGUCCCUUUAACCCCGGUCACAAUGGCAUUACCCAGAAAACCCUGUAAGCGCGUCACGAGCUUCAAUCAAGGUCCCAAUUCGCCAAGGCCGUGUCUUCCACCACGCAGACUAACUCUGAUUCAUGGAGGUCCUCCAAAGCGAUUCCUUCUACACACAGAGAGAAAAGUGCUUGAUGAUCAUGGAAAAGUCAGAAAAUGGACUUAUGGGGUGAAAGACAACACAAAACCAAACAAAAUUGUUCUGCUGGUGGGAGAGACCGGCGUUGGGAAGACGACUCUCAUCAACACCAUGGUCAACUACUUACUGGGAGUGAAGUUUGAGGAAAAACUGUGGUAUGAAAUCACAGAAGAAGAAGCCAGAGACCAAUCACAAUCACAAACCUCUGAAAUCACCAUGUAUGAGGUCUGUCCAAUAAAUAGUCCCAUAUCUCUCACCAUCAUUGAUACUCCAGGAUACGGAGACACUCGAGGACUGGAAAAAGAUCUGGAAGUUGCUGAGAAUUUAUCUAUGCUCUUUCAGAGCAAUGACGGAGUUCAUGUAGUCGACGCUGUGUGUUUUGUGACUCAAGCGUCUAAGAAUCGCCUUUCGGACAGACAGCAUUACAUCAUCAGUUCAAUUCUGUCUUUGUUUGGAAAAGACAUUGUGAACAACAUUGUGUUUCUAAUCACACACUCUGAUGGUCUGCCACCCCAAAACGUCCUCGGCGCCAUUAAUAAAGCUAGAAUCCCCUGCAGACGAGACCACAAGAACCAGCCUGUUCAUUUCUUAUUCAACAACCGGCAGGCGGACGCCCGUCACACUGGAGAGCGUCACGUUCGUGCACAGAGAGACGCCUGGGAGGACAGCAUGGACGGCAUGAAGCAUUUAAUGCAGUCAUUGGAUAAAAAGAACAGAAGAAGUUUGGAGUUGACUUCAAAUGUCCUGAUUGAGCGCAUUCGAUUAGAAGCGUCCAUCUGCAACUUAAAGCUGCGAGUUCACGAGAAAGAGUCAAAGAAGUCUGAAAAACUUCAGAUCCAGCAGGCAAUGAGACAAAACAAGGAAAAGAUUGAUGAGUGUAAAAACUUUACCAUUAACGUCAAAAAGACUGUCAAAGAGAAGGUUACCAUUGAAAGCGCUUCAUGGAAGAGCAGGAAGGCGACGACCUGCACCGUCUGUGAGGAAAACUGCCAUGAGUUUGACUGCUGGUGGGUUUCUAAUCCCAGCAAAUGUGAAGUCAUGCAAAAAGGCUACUGUACCGUGUGCACAGGGAAGUGUCACCACAGCAAACACGUCAAAGAAAACAAGAAAUACAUCAUCAAAUCCUCAAGCAUGCAGUUGGAAUUUGACUCCAUAAAAAAGGAAUAUGAACAAGCUCAAAGACUGUCCAAGAGAUUUUCAGUUGUGAUGGAUUAUCUCAGUCAAGAUCUGAAGGAGCUUGAGGACCAAAAGUCAAUUCUUUUGUUCGAUGCUUACAAGAACAUCAAGCAUCUGUCUCAGAUCGCAUUAAAGCCAGACUCGGCCUUCACUCUUCAGCAUCUGGACUUCUUCAUCCCCAGAGUGAGGGAGGCUGGGAAAGAAGACUGGGUCCGAGAGCUGGAGGAAAUGAAGAGAACCGCUGAAGCUGAAGAAGCCAAUAAAGACGCUCUGAGUUAUCUGAGAGCUGGUCUGUCUAAACUUUUCUUUGGUGGACAAUGAACGAAUGCAUAGAAGAUAAGAGGUGAAUCAAGGAAAAUUUUGAAUUUUGAAGUACUGUAGCCUAUAUGUGUAACAAAGUUAGGAUUUUAAUUGUGAAUUCUUCUGAAAUCAGCAGCAGUUGUUAAUUCCAUGUUGUAGCGUGGUUUGUGUGGGGACUGUAGAAAUGUUUAGUUAGAAGAAACACUGCAGUUGCAUUGUGUAGUCACACUGUGGCUGAGUUAUGCCUGCACUGUGAAACACAGCCACUAGGAGGACGUUUGUCAUAUAACAGUAAACAGAUUUACAUCAACCAGAA